UAAAAAUGACACUUGAAGCAGAAACUGUUAGUUUCUGCGGUUGUGUAAUGAAAUUAUGACCAUAGAGUUAAAGUGUGUGCUUUAGCACUCACGUUUUAGAUCCUAUAUGGAUUCACCAGGUAUGGGAAGCUGUUGUCCGGGGCUGGAUGAUGCGUCCUCCCCAGACACAGAGCCCCUCAUAAAGGAUCCAAGACCCAAGGACCUUAGCACCGUCUCGCAUAUGGAUGUUCAGGGGUACAGAUGGGUGUGCUGGAAGGUGUGGUUGUGCCGCAUUGGGGCGGUCUGUUCUGUAGGCCUGCUGCUAGUGCUCUUCAACUGGCGCCCUCGACUCGGCAUCCUGGCCCGGUGCAAGUCCUGUCCCAUUUCAAUGGCGGAUGUUUUGCUAUUGAAGGACCGAUACGGACAGCAGUUUGUUGUAGACGUGCUUAAAGAGGAAAUUGAAGAAGGCAGUUUGGAGUUUGCAGUAGGAGAGGCGGAUGAGAAUGAAUGGAGAGACACCGUGCAGCUACAUAGUGAAAAGAAAACUCUGCUUAGAUACUAUGUGUUUGAGGGCAUACGCUAAUGGAUUGCCAGGAAAGGAUCCUUUUGCAAAGCAAGUAUCCUCAAUGAAGGCUGGACCUGCGCUGACCUGCAUGGCCGACAGCAAGGACUGAGUCGAGCAGACCAAAGCACAAGAAAACAAAUUUUUGGGCCCAAUAUCAUUGAUGUACCUGUGAAGUCUUACUUGGAACUUCUCUUUGAGGAGGUGCUCAAUCCAUUCUACGUAUUUCAGGUGUUCAGCAUCAUCCUGUGGAUCUCAGACAGAUACUAUUAUUAUGCUGCUUGUAUCUUCAUCAUAUCUUUAAUUUCAAUCGCUGUGUCCCUUUAUCAGAUCCGUAAGCAAAGUACCACCCUCCGCAACAUGGCCCGUUUGGUAGUGAACGUUACAGUGCGCAGGGACAAUGGAGAGGAAGAGUGUGUAAACUCUGAAGAGCUGGUUCCAGGUGACUGUGUUUUGAUUCCAGCUGAGGGUUACGCCCUGGAACGAAUUACUUAUCCGGUCUCUGGAUAUUGUGACAAUAAUAGUUCCACCUGCUCUUCCUGCUGCUCUAACUACAGCCGCGAUCUACGCCCAGAAUCGCCUGAAGCGUCAUGGGGUGUUCUGCAUUAGCCCACCUCGCAUUAAUAUCUGCGGCAAGAUAUCACUUUUCUGUUUUGAUAAGACUGGCACUCUGACAGAGGAGGGUCUGGAUGUGUGGGGCAUCAUGGAAGCGAGUGGAGGGGUAUUUGGCGAGCUGGUCCCUGACCCUCUCUUUCUCCCUCCUGGAAUGAUGCUCUUUGCACUUGCCUCCUGCCAUUCUGUAGCUUUGCUGGGGGGUCAAGCACUUGGAGACCCACUAGAGCUCAAAAUGAUUGAAUCCACUGGAUGGGAACUGACUGAGCCAGAGGAUGAGAUGGGACGUGAUUCUGAAUUUGGGAGAAACCGAGUGCUAGCAGUGAUGAGACCUCCUGGACCUGAGCUCCUGUCAGAAGGAAAUUCUGUCAGUCAGCCAGUAGCAAUUGUGCGGAGAUUCCCAUUUUCUUCUUCUUUGCAAAGGAUGAGCGUGGUGAGCGUUGGGCCAGGUGGAGCUUCUCCUGUCGCAUUCCUUAAAGGAGCACCUGAGAUGGUGGCAAGCUUCUGCCUCAGAGAAAGUGUGCCUUCUCAUUUUUCACCCACUCUCCGGGAGUACGCGAGCCAGGGCUUCAGGGUCCUUGGAUUUGCCUACAAGCACCUCGAUAAGGAGACUGACCUUGCCACUGUUGAAAGGGUGGAGGUGGAAAAAGACAUGAACUUCCUGGGUCUUUUGGUUAUGAAGAACCAAGUAAAGCCAGAGAGUGCUGAAGUCAUUCGCACUCUUAAACUGGCACGAUUACGGCCUGUUAUGGUUACAGGUGACAAUAUUCUCACUGCUGUGAAUGUAGCACGUGCGUGUGGAAUGAUUCUGUCGCAUGAGAAGGUUAUUUUCGUUCAUGCAUCGCCCCCUACUGCCAGUUCAAUGGCCUCGCUGCAGUUUCUUCAAGGAGAUGGUGCAGGAGGCACCAAUACUCAAGAGACUAUUGAUAAUGCAGUACAGGGUGCCUACCAGAACAGUGCCGGCUAUCAUUUGGCUAUAAAUGGAAUGUCCUUUGCAGCACUUUGUGAUCAUUUCCCUGAAUAUCUACCCAAGAUUCUGAUAAGGGGUACAGUGUACGCCCGCAUGACCCCAGAACAGAAAACCCAGCUGGUAAAAGCACUGCAGAAUAUCAAUUACAGGGUGGGCAUGUGUGGGGAUGGAGCCAAUGACUGUGGAGCCUUGAGGGCUGCAGAUGUCGGUGUGUCAUUGUCUGAGGCUGAGGCCUCUGUGGCGUCUCCUUUCACAUCCAAGUCUGAUAACAUUAGCUGUGUGCCUUUACUCAUCAAGGAAGGCAGGUGUUCACUGGUGACAUCCUUCAGUCUUUUUAAGUACAUGGCCUUGUACAGUCUGAUUCAGUUUGCCUCUGUACUUAUUCUCUACACUGAGAAAACAAACUUGGGAGAUUUGCAGUUCCUCUUCUUUGAUUUAGUUUUGGUGACCGUUUUGGCUAUAGUGAUGGGACGGGGAGGUCCCAGCGAUGAGCUCCACCCCCAGCGACCAGCUGCCAGUCUUCUAUCUCUGCCAGUCCUGGCAAGUUUACUCAUUCACACUGUGCUGCUGAUCCUAGCUCAAGUGUCUGCCCUACUUAUCACUGUCUCUCAAGACUGGUAUGUGCCUCUAAAUUCCACUAGGACAGGGGCUGCAAACCUGCCCAACAUGGAGGAUACAAGUAUAUUUGCCUUAUCGGGGUUCCAGUAUAUCAUCAUGUCUAUUGUGAUGACUAAAGGAUAUCCUUACAAAAAACCACUGUAUUACAAUGUUUUGUUCCUAGUGGCACUGCUGCUCUUCUUAGCUCUUAUGAGCUGGCUGGUGCUUUUCCAUCAUACCAUCAUCCAUCGUGUGCUGAAUCUCUACGACAUCACCGAUAUGAGAUAUAAACUACUGCUGGUGGCCGUAGCUGCACUCAACUUCUUCAUAUGCUACUUGAUUGAGAUUCUUAUUGACCAAGGUGCCCUGAACUGCCUUCGCAACCUCAGGGGAAAACGCGAGUCCAAAAAGCAGUUCAAACGCCUAGACGUCCAGCUUGCAGAAACGCCCUCAUGGCCGCCCCUGAACCAGACCUUGUUCCCACCACAGUGCACCGUCAUCGGUGUUAGCUAACACCUACCUCCUGUGUUUUUCAAAUCUCCCAAUGCACAUAUCCAGUGUUGCCAAAGAUCUGAUAGCACCUCUCAGUGCACUAGUGAGGUAUGCAUACCAGAUGCCGUCCUUGUCUGCCUAUUAUAUAUGGCAAAAACUUAUCGUACAGUAACACGAGUGAAGAUCACUGUUAGUGAUGGUAUUUCUUAUAUUAGAACACAUAAAGAGAAGAAUUAAAAAGUCUUAAAGUCUCUUAAAGGUGUGCUGGAUGAUUUAGAAAAGGGGUGGAAACAUAUUUACCAAUUUGUACAUGAAAAUUAACAUUUUAUACAGAAAAAAGGGCAUAUUGCCUUGAGAACUGAUUGAUUACUAACAUUAAUCCAAAAUAAUGAGAAUGUCAUUUUUCUUGGACCAUAAAAGUUUUACCAAAGCAUUCAAGUUGUCGUAUUGGAAAAGUAAUGCAUACAUGCUGCCUACUUUAUUUCCCAGUGAAACAAAAUUAUUGAAAAAGAUAUUUUUAUCUGGGCAGGAAAUUGGUUUAAUUGUUGAUUAGUUGGAGGCAUGCUUGCAGUCGAUUGUAAGAAAGGGGGCGGGGUUUAAGCAAAUUAAAUUAUUGGAGACAUCCACCAUGUGUCACCAUAGAGAAAGCUGAUGCUUUCACCAGGGUCCAGUAAUUACAU